GCAAAUGAGAUGUUCCAUCUGGCUGCUACUCUGAGAGGGUGGGGCAACGUUUUCGGAGCACGCCGUGCGUUGUUCACCUUGGCAGCAAAGCGCGCUGCGUAUGGUCAAACUGGCAGGUGCAUCACACAUUUGCGUGUGUUCGGGCAGACUGACAGCAUUUGCUUGGACAUAUGGUUUCGCUCUGAAGAGUCCCGUGCAGAGUUCACAGGUGCUUUGUAUGAGCAUCCUGCCGCCACUGACGAGUCCAUCCAGUUGACGCUGAAGAAGCUCAAGCGACCUGAAGGCAUUGAGGUAAUACUGCCGAAUCACUAUGAGCGGGACGUCGGCAGUCCUGAACAACAUGCUAGCACCGGAGCUGGGUCGACUGCACCAGCAGCUACAAAGGCAGCUCAGCUGCGUGCAAAACUACAGCUGCAGCGCUUGGACAAGGUAGAGGACAAGAUUUAUCAAAACAUGCACAUCAUCCCAGCAGCACUGUUAGAUGAUGGACGGAAGCUAGUAUGUGAAUGGUUGUUCUUGAGCGCCAGUCCUGUUUUUCACAUGUACUUUGAUGGUCCAGACACUGCUCCGCACAUCCAAGUGAGGGUUAUGGAGAGAUCUCCAUCAUGUGACGGUCUCGUGGGCUUCACCAUGGAGGUGAACACUCGCAGGGUCGGGCAAGACACUUUCAUCUCGAAGCCUGUCAAGUCCGUUGACCUCCAAAAACCAGCCAUUGGCUACCAAACCUUCGUAAAAGUGCCCGAAGCGCAGGCAGAUCUUUUCGAGUGCGCCGUCACGUGGCGCUUCGAGUGUGUUGAAGCUGCAUGGGCAAGGCAGAGAAAAGGACAUCCAGUUAGCAUCACUGGAGAUCAUGUGUGGUGGCAGCUCUUGGAGCUUCCCGCCGAGCUGCAAGUGGCCGUAGGUGAAGCCAAAAAGGCUGCGGGCAUCGGUGCAGAAGUUGACACCGGCGUUGCAGCAGCAGUCGACUAA